CUCCCUGCACCAUGGGACCUGCCUCAGGUCCCAGGCUGCUGUUGCUGCUGCUGGCCAGCCUCCCCCUGGCCCUGGGGGACCCCAUGUACUCCAUGAUCACCCCCAACAUCCUGCGGCUGGAGAAUGAGGAAAACAUAGUUCUGGAGGCCCACGAAGUUGAAGGGGACGUUCCUGUCACAGUCACGGUCCACGACUUUCCAGCCAAGAAGCAAGUGCUGUCCAGUGAGAAGACGGUACUGAGUGGUGCCACUGGACACCUGGGCAACGUCACCAUCAAGGUGGGCGCAGACUGGAAGCAGCCCAGCCGACCUCCACAGUCCCUCCCACUCUUUGUGGUCUGUCCCUCUGAACCAUGUCCUUGGGCGUCUUCCUUCUCAGGCCCUGUCUCUUCUGAGUUUCCCCUCUUCUGAGUGCCGCCCCUCCUC